AUGCGCGUAUCUCUCAACCCAGUGAAGCAUCCACACAUUCAGGCGAUGUCCCAGUGGAACCAAUUCCCAGACCGAGCUGCCAAGUUCAAAGUGUAUGGGUCUCUUCUAAUGGUCCACAUAGAUGGACCAGAUACAAUGGAACUGGAGCUAACUCUGUGGCAGCCUCCAAGGUCGGAGAUGCAAACCAAAGAUUGGGAGAUCCACACGGACAUCACACAGGUGACACAUUACAAAGUCAAGGCGUCAGCUCUGGUGUUCAAGUUGAAGAGUAGCAAGAACUUGAAUUUUCUGAGACAGUGCAAGAACCUAAGUGGACGCAAUUUAAGUAUGCUACAAGGUCUAAUCAGCUGUUUCCAGGGUCAACUGUCACAAGACGGAAGAAUAACGAUGACGAACAUCGAGCUGCUGGACACUGUUCGUCUAGAAUCGCUACUGAAAGAUGGAGAUAAGCAGCUCGCCGAGUUUCUCAUCAACAUGGACCGGACAAUUCAUAUCAAACUGAAAGAUCUGGUGUCCUGGUUGUAUGAGCUGGAUAAACUAUUUGCAGAGGCGAAGCGUUUAUUACCCACAACUGCUAAUAGAAGACCAGACCAAGCACUGUUUGGAAUGGACAAUUUUUUUGUCAAGCAGGAACUGGACAGUGAUGGCUUUGAGAGGGUUUACAAUGGUUGUGUCGAGACUGAAGCUGAUAGGCAGGCCCAGGAAGCAGCAGAGUUGGCAUUCCUAUUUGGAGAAAACCCGGCUGCGACUAGUUCUCAAAAGGGACAUACUAACGGAACUGCGCUAGAAAAAUUACACCCCAUCGUGAGCUUGUCUCAAUUCAAGAACAAUUCUUCGUUAAAACAGUCCGUGAAGGUACGAUUUUCUUCGAUCAAAAUCAUAGGAUAUGACUACAGCGAAGAGGUGAUGAUUGUGCUUGGGUACAAUGCCCCUUAUCACGUCAAACCAUUUCAAAUCAAGAUCUCCGAUGACUUGAUUCAAAUGACUCUGGCUCUGAAUAAGGACGAGGAGAUCCUUCCGUUCUUAGGGGUAUCAGAUCUGAGACAGCUUCGACAAUCCCUGCCUGAGAUCAAUGUUAAGAUCAACCGAAUCAACAAUUCCCAGAAAGGAACAAUCUCGCUACGAAAGCUGGUAACUACAGUCCCUUCAAAGGGACGUUUAAUCAAGUACUCAACUGAUUCUUCACUGGAUGAAGUAUAUCAUUCGGCUGUUACUGAUAACAGUUUAUUUUGA